GUUUCGCUUCUGGCCAAAAUGUACCACCCAAAUAUAGUAAAGUACUGUGUAUCUUUUGAAGAAGAGAAUGGUUGUUUGCAUAUUGUGAUGGAAUAUUGCAAUGGAGGUGACUUAUAUUCCAAGAUAAAUGCGCAAAAAGGUAUUCUUUUUUCUGAGGAUCAGGUUAUGGACUAUUUUGUUCAAAUUUCUCUCGGAUUAAAGCAUAUUCAUGACAGGAUGAUCUUACAUCGUGACAUCAAGUCCCAAAACAUAUUUUUGACUAAAGAUGAUAGAAUAAAGCUUGGUGACUUUGGUAUUGCCAAAGUCCUUAAUAGCACCUUAGAUUUAGCCCGAACAUGUAUCGGAACACCUUAUUAUUUAUCUCCUGAGAUUUGCGAAAAUAAGCCUUACAACAAUAAAAGUGAUAUUUGGGCCCUUGGAUGCGUUUUGUAUGAAAUGGCAACUCUUAAACAUGCGGAGCUUCACUCAGAAUUUUCUCCACAAACACGUGUUGGACGUAGCGCAUUAGCCCAUAGAAGAGUCAAUCCUUUGCUCGCCGGCGCAAAACGGGUGCGAAACAGCAAUCCAUCUAUACGCAAUAUGCCUAUGUCUGCGAUAAAGAGAGUUGUUAAGGAAAAAAGCGCUCUUGAGCGCAAUCAGCAUAUUUUUGGCCCUGCGGCAGAUCCUCAUUCUCCUUUCAGAAAUGCAGGAGGUGGAAAUAUUUUUCAAAAUCCCUUUCCAAUAAUUAAGCGAAUGCAAGGAUUUGAAGCCCGCAACAAAAUUAUGAUACGACCUGGCGAGGCUAUGCGUCAAAGAGAACGAAUAGAGGAGUUACAUAGGAAGCGACAAUUGGAAUUAGCUGAAAGAAAAAGGCACUCGAGCUCAGAUUCAGAUCAAUGUGAUGCUUCGGAUGAGAACCAGGCUCAUUGCUCUCCGUUGCCUGUUAUAUCUGAGUCAGUAGAUUCUACACCCCCAGUCAGAUCCAACGGAAUUUCAAUCGAAGCUAAACCGACUAUGAAUCAAGAAUCAACGGCUUUAGAUCCAUGUGAAAAGUACUUGGUUGAACUUGAUCGGAUGCAUCAGAAUGUUAUCCAGAGAAAUAAUCAUGCUCCAUUAUACUGGUCAAAGGAGAAUGAAGGUAUGGACAGUGAAGAUUGA